CUGACCCAGCGUGCACUGCGCGCGUUGCUAGCCGUAGUUCCAUCGUAAAGUUGUUGCACCCGCUCGCCGUGUGACUUCGGCUGAAUUUUCCCAGCGAUGCGAAUUGUUUUCCUCUGCAAAGGCAGCAGGGGAGAUGUCCUUCCGGUGUUCUCUCUCCUUCUCGGCUACAAGAAGUUGAACCCCACUGACUCAUGUGUCCUGGCUACUCAUGCUCUGCACAAGGAAAAAUUUCUAGGCCUUGCCAAUAAACACGGAGUUGAGUUUGUUUCCCUUGAUGACCAAAAUGAUACAAGUGAGGCCUUGAACUCCCUACAAAGAACUGAGCUACAAGUCAGCAGUGGGCGUGGCUUUUCGAACAGUGAGCGCCAGGAUCGUGUGCUAGAGAUGCAUGCUAGUUUGCAUGCUUGCAGAGGUGCUGGUGCCAUUGUGUUCAAUUUGUUUGCUUGUGAAGGCUGGUUCAUUGCAGAAUAUCUAAAGGUGCCAUGCAUUGCUGUCUCCCCAUUUGCAGUCACAAGGACCCCACCUGUCACAUUUGAAAGCAAGUUUGUUGAUGCUUAUCCAGACCUCUAUGAAAGGCUCAGAAAUGCUCCUGAAGGGUGUGUAUCAUAUGGGGAUGUUGAUCACUGGAUGUGGAGACUCUAUCUGGACGACUUUGGCGAGUUCUGUGAAUCCCUUGGGUUACCUGUGUGUCCAAUGGCUGAGGUCCACCCUAGUGACAAGCUUCCUCUUGCCACACCUUUACUGUAUGGGAUCAGUCCGUCCAUCUUGGAAAAGCCAGGAUACUGGCCAGAUAGCGUGUCAAUGUGCGGGUACUGGUUCUUAGACUCACCCAAAGAAGACUACCGUGACAUUGAGGUUCUCCAGCCCACCCUGCUCAGUCCUAAAGUGUCUCUUGAGGACUUUUUUCAAACAAUGGCCGAAGCCAAGGAAAGUCCACUGUACAUUGGCUUUGGCUCGAUGGAGGAGUUAGGCUUUUUCUCAAGUCUGGAUUGUGUGGAGUUGGUUGGCAUAAUAAAUGAAGGUCUUGUGGAAUGUAACAUCAAGGCUUUACUCCACGUGUCUCCCAACUCCUCUUUGCUCAAAGCCUGGGAAAUGGUCCGCAAAAACGUCCUCUACUGUAACAUCUACUGCGUUACCCAGUAUACCCCGCACGCUCAGCUCUUCCCAAAAUGCCUUGCAGUCAUGCAUCAUGGUGGCAGUGGGACAGUCGCCUCUGCUAUCCGUGCCUCUGUACCGCAAAUUGUGUGCCCGUUUAUGUUUGACCAAUCGUAUUGGGCGGAUAAGGUAGCGUGGAUGGGCGUCGGCGAGUCUUUGGGACAUCCCAGAAGCAUUACAGUGACGAGCUUUACGGACGCGCUGCGGUCAGCUUUACAAGACGACGUUUUCCUUUCAGUUAGUAAUUACUCUGAAAUACUUAGAAAGGAAGACGGGGUUAAGGAAGGAGCUUCGAUUCUUUCUAAAGCUCUCCGGAGUUGAUUUGGAUAAUGAGUGUUCUGUGCUAGGACAUCGUCGGUAUAUCAGCGAUGGGUAGUGAGUAGUGUUCGAGUAGAAAGAUGAAACUUUCUGUCUAAAACCUUUGGCUGCUACCCACAAGUGACUGUAAUUGUGUAUAUUUUAUUCUCCAAUUUGGCAAAUUUGUUUAAAUGUUAAGCUGCGAAAAAUAUCUGCUUCCUGAGAGAUAAAUACAAUACACCAAAAACUGGUAUUCGACUCUGCCAAUCUUUCGUCUUUAAUAAGACGUCUUCAGAAAAAGUCUUAUUAAAGACGAAUACCAGUCCUUGGUGUAUUGCUUCCAGAGAGAGGAAGCAACCGUUGAGCGCACUCGUUUUUGCUGCGCCAGUAAUUUUAGAAUUUUAUUGAAAAUGUGUGCUUCCAGUAAAGAUCCACCUCUCCCCGAAGCCGAGAAGAACAUGAAAAUAAAAACGGGGUGGGUGUUUUUAUACCUAUUUCCUGUGGGUUAGACCAUUUUUUUUUUUUUUUUUUUACAACUGGUUUUGGACAAUUUCAGAUGGUGAAAAUCGGGGGGGGGGGGGGGGGGUAGUAGAAAUUUCGCUUGUGUUUCGCGAAUCCGAUGGUAUUUCUCGUAGUUUCAGUUUCGAACAGAAAAAAAUCAAGCAAAGAAAGGUUUUGGUCCCAGUGUAAGGGAGAUACGGAUAUUUUUUGUAAUCACAGAGUUAUUGUGUGGGUGUGUGAAACGUUUUAUCCACUGUGCUGUGAAACAGUUCAUUUAGUAUCUUGUGUAAAAAAAAACAUCUUGCGAAAGAGUCACCCGAUGGUCAGAUGGUGGCUUUUUUGUUCUCUAUCUAUAUUAGUACCAUUUGGUCGUCGAACUGCUAUUUGGCAAUUGUUUUGCCUUUAUCGCGAGCAACGAUUUUGAAUAGGUGUAAAACAAUAAUAUUCCGCCCCUCAAAGAGCCCUGGUCAGCCACACCUUUGUUAUUGUUUUUUUAAAAGCCGCAUUAUGUGCUAAAAUCUCUAAAAAGCCAGCCAUCUAAAAACAGUUUAAUAUCUCAUUUACCAAAUUCAAUCGAAAAUAUCGCAUUGGCCUCCUCAAAUCAGCCGGUGGAAAUGGAUGCUUUUUCACACUUGGUUCUUAGGUAGGAUGACAAAAUGGCGGCUGGCAGAGGCUAUUUGAAAAUGAGGCAUCGUAUAAUAGAGUUAAAUGAGUUGGUAACACCAAGUGUAAGACUCGUGUAAUGAUAAUUAGCACGCUCAAAAUUAUGAUAAAUAAUACAUUCUAUUAAUGUAUUUUAUUUAUAGCUAUAGUUUUAUGUGCUCAAGUGGUUUCUAUUACACUACCUUUCUGCAAUUUACUUUAUAUGACGAUCAACCAUGGCUACCUAUUGUUAUUUGCUCUAUCAUUGUUGAGCACUUCAAAGUGAUGAGGUGGCGUGUUUAGAAGUGCUUGGCUGUCAAAUGGUUAGGAAGGGUUUUGUGGGACGGUAGCCAUCGUGCAGUUUAUCGUAUUCUCGUUCCCAGAGCACCUCGGUCAUGCUUCCCGACACGCAACAACUCUGGGAACGAGAUUGCAGUUUAUCGAUAUUACUUGUAAUAUAGGGUUCGUAUAACAUCGAUAUGUACCGUGACUUCAAAGUGGGAGCCAUUUGAGCACACAAGCAAUCAAAUAUGGUUUAUUUAAUGUUUAGUUUAUAAAUAAUAAAUCGGAUGUUUGAAGUA